GUUCAUAGUAGGCCUGAUGUUCACUAGCUUGAUCAUGUCAGAAGGACAUAACGAAAGUAGACUAUCAGUAGGAGGCUUGAUGAGUAGUAGAAAUCCGAGUAGUAAUGGCUCCACCAUCCUAUAUCUCGGACAGGACGUGCCUUCUUGUCAUCUAUCUACAGUGUCCCAAAUCGCCCAAAAUUCAUGCUAGGACAUAAUGAUUCAAAAAGCAAGAAAAAUGAUUUUAGGAAAAAGUCGCGAUGACCGUCGACCGAAUUCGUGUCCAGAGAUUCGGGUUGCAGCCGUUGUGAGCCCAUUGAGUCAUAGGCAUAUGGAGGCCAGGGAAGAGUUAUGCUAUAUUCGACCCGACUAUCUUCAACCCGGGCAUGCAUCACUUUCAGACAGUGAUCUUAAACACAAUAGCAUGAUCCCUCUCCCGCUGUCCAUUUCAAAGCUGCGACGUGGGAAACAGAUCACAGAGCUGACGAAUGGCCAACUCACUGCAGGCCGUCGAAGCAAAAUACUAAGCGGCAUCACCCACGAGAUACGCGACAAUGACUCUCCCCAAACUCUGGAUACAUCGCAUGUAACCCUAUCGCCACAACCUCCAGAUGAGGAAAACAUUGAGAGGAGAAAGGAUGCUGAGUACUUCGCCGAGAAGAUUGCACAGUUCUAUGGCUUCGAUGUUGUUUACGUCGCUAGCAUAGACUCUACUUUACUAGAGCAAGCCCGACCUAACACUUUUGCAACGGUACUUGUGGCUUAUACUGUCCCAGGAGUGAGUUUGCCGCGGCUGGUACCAACAGCGCUGUACCGGAUGCCUGUUGAGGAGGAUGGGUGGAUUCACGAUUUCGAAGCGUUACCAUCCGACUUCCAAAGCGGAUAUAGGCGCCUUUUCGAUGGAAAAUCGGUUAAAUAUGUUUUCAUGUGUUUUGCCAGGCCCAGAGCUCGAUAUACCGCAUCAACUGAGUAA